AUGGUGGACUUGAAUUUUUUCGAGAAAGUAGACUCUGCGUUGGGAGAAGAAGCGAAUAGAAAGGAUGGAAUACUUUGUUUGGUGCGAGAAUACGAAAGAACGAGUCGCAAUAUUACGGCCAUCUUGAAUCGAGUUCAUUCGGCUCAAACCGAAGAAGUAAUCGUUCAAGCCGCGAUUGAAAAAUUCGAAGAGGUGAAACAACACCUAUCAAACCUAGCUCAAGUCGUACCAUACCAGAAAUUUUAUAGGUACAAUGAACUUUGGACGAGAACAGUUCAAACAUCAAUUUUUCAUGCAUCAUUUGUGGUCUAUCUUACCUCGGAGAGGCUGAUUACACCGGACGAAAUUGAACCAAUGUUUGGCGUUAGGGUCAAUUUGAAAAACGAUCUACAAGAUUUUCACAUUUCUCUCGACGAAUUUCUUCAUGGAUAUACCAUGUUAACUAGUGAAUUGGUCAGUGAGUUGUUGUCCUUGCUCGCAAUCAACUCGGUAACACUCGGAAAUUAUGAUAGACCUCUGCGAAUCUCGAGAUUUGUCAAAGAACUAUUUAUGGGAUUUCAGCUGCUAAAUUUGAAGAAUGAUGCUUUGAGGAAAAAAUUUGAUGGAAUCAAGUAUGACAUCAAGAAAAUCGAGGAGGUUGUUUAUGAUAUCUCCCUACGGAAAUUGUCCAGGAAUAGCAAUUCGGAAGAUGCAGGUGUUAGAAGUGAAUGA